GUAAUGUAUUAUCUUCUCGCUCCCCCAUUUCUCUUCAAAUAUACUUCAAACCAAUGCACACCAACUUGAGUUCUCACACCAAAACAAAGCUCGUUUUUUGCUUCCCCUCUGCGCGAACCUCUAAAGCUUCGUCGUUUCGUCUUUCGGAACGUCGUAUAGCUAUCGCCAUUGAGAUUUUUCGCACUGUCGUUUCAUUCCUUCGGUUUUAAUGGAGAGGGUCCUCGGAGGGAAGUAUAAAAUCGGGAAAAAAAUUGGGAGCGGAUCAUUCGGUGAAAUUUACAUUGGGGCACAUAUCGAGACUUCUGAACUUGUGGCCAUCAAGAUGGAGAGCAGGAAAACCAAUCAGCCACAGCUACUGUAUGAGUCCAAGUUAUAUAGUAUGCUUCAAGGAGGAAGUGGUAUUCCAAGAAUGAAAUGGUGUGGUACUGAUGGAGACAAUAAUGUUCUUAUUAUUGAACUUCUUGGACCGAGUCUUGAAGACCUCUUUUUCUUCUGUGGGAAUAAAUUUUCACUCAAAACAGUGUUGAUGUUGGCUGAUCAGAUGCUUGCAAGGAUAGAGUAUUUGCACUCCAAAGGAUUUUUGCAUAGAGACAUAAAACCGGAUAACUUCCUUAUGGGUCUUGGGAAGAAAGCAAAUCAGGUUUAUAUGAUUGAUUUUGGACUAGCAAAAGGAUAUAAGGACCCUAUCACAAAUAAGCAUAUCCCUUACAGGUUAUUGCUGCUGAAUGUUUGCUUUUACCUUGAUAACUUAUCCAGAGAGAACAAGGGCUUAACAGGGACUGCACGUUAUGCAAGUUACAAUACUCACUCAGGAAUUGAGCAAAGCCGACGAGAUGAUUUGGAGUCUCUUGGGUAUGUUUUAAUGUACUUUUUAAGAGGAAGCCUUCCUUGGCAGGGUCUGCAAGCUGUCAACAAAAAGCAAAAAUAUGACAAAAUUUGCAAAAAGAAGUUAUCAACUCCCAUUGAGAUACUUUGCAAGUCAUAUCCUGUGGAAUUUGCCUCUUACUUUCACUAUUGCCGCUCUUUGACAUUUGAUCAACGGCCAGAUUAUGGACUUUUGAGACGCCUAUUUCGUAAUUUGUUCACCCGUGCAGGAUACGAUUCCGACUAUUUAUUUGACUGGACCAUUCUAAAAUAUCAGCAGAUGCAACAGCAGAAGACACAGAGUCAAUCUCCUGCACCACAUGCUGUGCUUACUUGUCUUGAACCAUUGGAUGAGGAUAAUCAUAAAGGAGUCAAUGAUUCCACUCAAAUUGCUGUGGCAACACCAUCAAUCAAUGUUGAUCAUCCACGUGUUUGUAACACAGCGUCUAAUGUUCAGAAUCUUAAUGCAAAGAUUCCAACAGAGAAACAUACUGUGAACAAUGGUUCAUCUAUGUCAACUCUCAUGCCCAGAGUCUCCACAGAAAAUGUCUCAAAACAAGUGAGGAAUGCAGGAACAUCAAAUGUGGGUCACGGAUUUGGGAACAAAUCUGGUGCCUCAGGAGGCUUUGUUCCUUCACUGCGCCGAGUUUCAUCAACCAAACGAUAGACAUGGAUUUUGAAGGUGUCACUUACACGUGUUUCUAAUUGUGGCAAAAGUCAUGGCAAUGGCACUCACUUCACCAGAGAACACUUGAUUGAUAUGCUUAUGCCAUGCCAACUUUCCUGAGUAUGACAGAAUCCUACCAGAUGCAUUGUUGGACAGAUCAUGAGGUAAAUGCCCUCAUUCAAGAUUUUGGGAAGAGGGAAAGUAAGUGUCUUGAGAUAAUUGAAGAGCAAGUUAUGAUGGUAGCUGUUGAUUGGUGUCAUGACACACAUGGCUUCAAAGAGGAAAUGUGGCCAUUGGCGGGGGUUCAACUCAACUGUCUCCAACCACAUUUCCCCAUUUGAAAAUUAACAUUAUGCUAAAAAUUAAAAUACUAACAACUAACCACCAAUUAAUUGGGGGAUGUGACAAUUUUUUAUUUUCUUUGAAGCAUUUUCUACAGGCAAAUUCGGUUCCCUAUGGCUAUGACUAUGCACAGUUCAAUUUGUUGGUAUACAAAUAAAAUAACAUUUAAUCCCUACCCCCAUAAAAUAAAUUGUUUUAAAAUCAAUCCAA